CUGAGCAAGCGCCGCGCGGGCGUAGCACUGCCCAUUGGGCAAGAAUCGCUGCUCCAAGUACGUCUUCGCACCAGAAACGUUGCGUUUUCAUCGCUGCGACAGCUCGUUUGGUGCAGUAACUCCAGUACACCUUGGAGAGCAAAUCAGGCUGCAUUAUGGACCUGGUGGACGCCUGCGGCGCCUCGGUGAAGAGCGACGCGGUGGCGUCGGACGCCGAGCUGCGCGCCGCGACGCCGCGCGCCGUGAUGAAAAGGCAGGACUCGGUCGGCAAGCGCGUCUCCGCCUCGAAGACGAAGCACACGUACAGCUUCGCGAUCGGCAGCCGCCUCCACGAAGUUAUUGUGGACCUGAGCAAGUGGAGCGGCAAGCGGACGCUCACGGUCGACGGCGAACGAGUCCAAGGCUUCAAGCGGUCGCACUCGAUAACGCUGCCCGGGGCCCACACCCUUGAUGUGAGGGUAGAAUCAAAACUAUAUCGGGGCGUCCGGCCGGCGCUUUAUGUGGACGGCACGAAGUUUAAAAGAUUGCCGUUACAUCGGGGCCGGAGAGCCUCCGAGCCGCCGCCUUCGCGAGAACCGGAGCCGCUCCAGAUCACGAAGGGGCGCCUCCUCGCCUCUGUUCAAAGACGAGCCGCUAUUGCUUCCAUAGUACCCGAGACGCUCCAUGAAAGGACGCUCGAGGUGAUACACCAAGCGUCCGAGGACGGCUACGAUUUGGAUCGAGCGCUGCAGAAGUUCGACGGGCGCACGCCUGUUGUUGUCGUCGUCGAGGCCUGUGGUGAGGUGUUUGGGUGCUUUCUAGGACGGGUGCCGACGGUGAAUGGGAGGAGGCGCAUCGACGUUGGUUUGUUUUGCGGCGAGCGGGCGUUUCCGUUGGUUGCGCGCCCCGACUCCGGCUUCAUCAACUGCAAGCGCACACAAAGCUACCUCGCGGUCGGUUUGGAUGCGGCGACGGGCGGCGCCGCUUUUCGUAUCGACGCGGACCUCGCCGCGGGCUGGUCGGACGCUUCCGAGCCCUUUGGGAGUCCUCGUUUGCACGGUUUGGAGGAGGGCGACUUUUCCGUGGACGACGCCGAGGUCUACGCGCUGCGGCCCCUGUGGUAGGUUGUUAACACACGUA